AUGGACGUACAUGAUGGAAGCAUAAGGAACUUACUUAAUGCUAACAAUAACUUACCAGGAACUAUUAAAGCAUUUAUAAAGUCCUUUGUAAAACCUGGUGCUCUAACAUUUAGGUCUUUGAGAGCAAGAGCAUUGAAGUCAAGAGAUGCAGAAACUCCAACAGAACCUACAGAAGGAACUGAAACAACAGAAACUCCAGAAGAACCACCAAAACCAACGGCAAAUGAAAUAUUGUUCGAAUAUUUUCCAAGAUACUCUGUCCUCAUUGCAUACAUUCAAGAAAUACUUAAGAAAGCAGACUUGACUUUAGGAGAUGAUGAAAGUUCUGUAUAUCUUUUGUUCCAGUUUCAAGUAGCAGAACUUUUGGGACAGAUAUGCUUAAUGAAUGACAACAUCUCUGAUUUCACAAGAUAUGAUGACGACCAUGACCCCGAACACGGUGAAGAAGAAGUUUUACAAACAUCCAUUAAGACAGGAAAGGUUUUAACUCAAAGUCUCAUUAUUGACACCAAAGAUGGCGAAGUGGACGUUCUUCAAGAGCUGAAGAAAAAUACUUCUUCUGGAGGUGGUGGUAGGCAUGAACUUGAAAUAAAUGAGAUAGAAGAGAAAUUAGCCGAAAAAGCAGAUAAAAACCAUGUUCAUUAUAUAAGUUCAGACGAACAGAUUAUAACGGACUACCAUGGAUAUUUAACACAGGAUGAAGAAGUGAAGACGGAAGAUGUUAAUUAA